CUAUUCCACUAUCAUUCCUUCUAUCUAUCGACAUUUUGCGUUGGGAGUCCCCAAGUCCAAGCGUUGUUCUGCUAGGGGAAGGUAGUUCCCACGGCUGGUCUGGUUGUCCGAAACACCGUCUUUUCCCUUACUGCCUCCACCUGCGAGCUGCUGCGAGAUGAACUGGCAAUAUUUGGUGUUCUGUCUCUUGUGCUUGAGUCAAGUUGGUCUCGCCGACAAUGGCAUGGAUAUGUCCACGGACGGUCCUAUGGAUCUUGCCGUAGGGAAUAUGCUUCCUUACCUGCACUUUACGCCAGGAGACAACCUGUGGUUCCUUGGCUGGGUUCCUAAGAGCUCGGGAGCCAUGAUUGGCACAUGCAUCGCACUGUUUAUGUUGGCAUUGAUCGAGCGCUGGAUAGCAGCUUGUCGAGGAGUGAUGGAAUAUCACUGGCGCCAGCAGGCAACCAUCAUUGCCUCCGAUGAACUCAAUACCCUUCCGACUAAGUCAUCUUCUGUGGGAUUCAUAAAGCGCUUCACGCCCCCUUUCAUUCCCGCGCAUGAUAUUGUUCGUGGAGUCAUGUUCGCAGCGCAGGCGCUAUUGAGUUACCUAUUCAUGCUAACAGUCAUGACGUACCAGCUGAGUUUCAUAUUCUCCCUGGUGGUGGGGCUCGGAGUGGGAGAGACUCUCUUUGGAAGGUUUAGUAGCAUUGGGCUUACGCAUUAAAUUGAUGGCAUGCAUUCGUUUUGUAAGUAUAGAAUUAUAAUGCCUGCAAAGGAUUGUAUUCCUCUUGUUGUUUGGUUACCAUCGCGCAUGUCAGGCCAGCUGGGGUACAGCCUGGUACAGUGCAAUGCGGGCAACUCGGAGUUACUUUCUAACGUAGUAUCACUUGCCCCCGAAACAUGACCGGGCUCGACGG